CGAAGGAAAAAAAUUCGGUACGAUCUCUCGCAAGAUUCAGAAGACAAACUUACUUCCUCUUUCUCUUUCACAAAAUCUCUUUCUCUCUCUUCCUUCAUCUCUCUCUCUCUCUCUCUGGCUUUGCGGUGACCCCUUUUCUCUCUCUUUUCUCAAGGGGUCGUCGCACCCUCUAUCCAAUUUCUCCCAAACAUAAAAACCAAUUUCCCAGAAUUUCAAUCCGAUCAAACCCUUUUAAGCCCCUUCAAUUCUGAGUUAAAAAAAAAAAAAAAAACCAUGUCGGAGAUGGCGAACACAGAUCCCGAAGGGAUCGACGGAGUCAGAAUGACAUGGAAUGUGUGGCCGCGAACGAAGGUCGAAGCCAGCAAGUGCGUGAUCCCACUCGCCGCCUGUAUCUCACCGAUCCGUCCCCACCCUGAUAUACCCACGCUCCCAUACGCGCCGUUGAGGUGCAAGACGUGCUCCGCCGUCCUCAACCCUUUCUCGCGGGUCGACUUCACGGCCAAGAUCUGGAUCUGCCCGUUUUGCUAUCAGAGAAACCAUUUCCCUCCACAUUACCACAUGAUCUCCGAGACCAACCUCCCAGGCGAGCUUUAUCCGCAAUACACGACGGUUCAGUACUCUCUCCCGCAGAGUUCGAACCACCCGAAUUCCUUCGAUUCCUCGCAGCAACCUCACCACCACCCGUCUCCGGUGUUCGUCUUCGUGCUCGAUACCUGCAUGAUUGAGGAGGAGAUGGGGUAUGUCAAGUCGGCUCUCCAACGGGCUAUCGGGUUGUUGCCCGAGAAUGCGCUUGUUGGGUUCGUUUCGUUUGGGACACAAGUUCAAGUUCACGAAUUGGGUUUCUCUGAUAUGUCCAAAGUCUAUGUGUUCCGGGGUGGUAAAGAGAUUUCGAAGGAACAGGUUUUGGAGCAAUUGGGUCUCACCGUUUCCGGCCGGAGACCUGUUCCGGGAGCCUUUCAACAAAAGGGUAUCCAAAAUGCAUUUCCAUCUUCUGGGGUUACCCGGUUUUUGUUGCCUGCUUCGGAGUGUGAAUACACCCUCAAUUCGCUUUUGGAUGAGUUGCAAACUGAUCAAUGGCCGGUUCCACCUGCUAAUCGGGCAUCUCGGUGUACUGGAGUUGCAUUGAGUGUAGCAGCGGGAUUGCUUGGAGCUUGUUUGCCUGGUACUGGUGGUCGGAUUAUCGCUUUGGUUGGUGGUCCAUGCACGGAAGGGCCCGGCACGAUUGUAUCAAAAGAUAUGUCGGAGCCUGUUCGUUCCCAUAAGGAUCUCGAUAAAGAUGCAGCACCUUACUUUAAAAAAGCAGUUAAAUUUUAUGAUAGUCUUGCAAAGCAGCUGGUUAGCCAGGGUCAUGUUUUAGACCUCUUUGCUUCUGCACUUGAUCAGGUAGGGGUUGCCGAAAUGAAAGUUGCAAUUGAAAAAACUGGAGGUCUUGUUGUGCUAGCUGAAAGUUUUGGUCAUUCUGUAUUCAAAGAUUCCUUCAAACGUGUUUUUGAAGACGGGGAACAGUCUCUUGGCCUUUGUUUCAAUGGCACACUUGAGAUUAACUGCUCGAAGGACAUCAAAAUUCAAGGAAUAAUUGGGCCUUGCACGUCUUUGGAGAAGAAAGGACCUGCUGUUGCUGAUACUGUCGUCGGUGAGGGGAAUACAACCGAAUGGAAAAUGUGUGGCCUUGACAAUAGUACUUGCUUGACAGUUUUCUUUGAUCUUUCAUCAAGUGAUCGGUCAAACACACCAGGGACUGUAAAUCCGCAAUUGUAUUUGCAGUUUCUCACAAGUUUUCAAAAUCCUGAAGGUCAAAUGAUGCUUCGGGUUACAACUGUUACUAGGAGAUGGAUAGAUAGUGCUGUUAGCUCUGAGGAAUUGGUACAAGGAUUUGACCAAGAGACUGCAGCUGUAGUAAUGGCUAGAAAAACAUCAUUGAAAAUGGAGACAGAGGAAUCAUUUGAUGCCACACGAUGGUUGGAUAGAUCCCUUAUUCGUCUCUGUUCCAAAUUUGGUGAUUAUCGGAAGGAUGAUCCUGCCUCCUUUACCCUAAACCCGUGUUUUUCAUUAUUCCCUCAAUUUAUGUUCAACCUUCGGCGUUCACAAUUUGUGCAGGUUUUCAACAACAGUCCUGAUGAGACUGCAUAUUUUCGUAUGUUGUUAAAUCGGGAGAAUAUCACCAAUGCAGCUGUCAUGAUUCAGCCAUCACUAAUAUCAUAUUCAUUCAAUUCACUACCUGCGCCAGCUCUGCUGGAUGUAGCUUCUGUUGCGGCAGACCGAAUUCUCUUGUUGGAUUCAUAUUUUAGUGUAGUCAUUUUCCAUGGAAUGACCAUAGCUCAAUGGCGUAACAUGGGAUACCAGAAUCAACCAGAACAUCAGGCAUUUGCUCAACUAUUGCAAGCUCCACAAGAUGAUGCUAAGAUGAUCAUUCGAGAGCGUUUCCCUGUCCCUAGAUUGGUUGUAUGCGACCAGCAUGGUUCCCAGGCAAGAUUCUUAUUAGCGAAAUUGAACCCAUCAGCUACAUACAACAAUGCACAUGAGAUGUCUGCAGGGUCUGACAUUAUAUUCACAGAUGAUGUAAGUCUCCAAGUUUUCUUUGAGCAUCUUCAGAGGCUGGCUGUGCAAUCUUGAGAGCAGUAAAAAGAGAGUAAGUGGACUCUACGACUAGUCCGGGAUUUGGUGUGGGGUGAUUCCAUCGGGCUUUCUAUCCACUCUUAUCCUCUUGUUUGAUUCAGUUUUUUUUCCUUUCUUUCCAUUGUAUUUAAAGAUGAGAGGACAGACAACAGACCCCGCAUUCUUUUGAGAAUAGGGGGGAAAAAAAAAAAAAAAAAAAAAAAGGCACAACAUUCUUUUGGGGGUGCUGGGGAGGUGUUUUACUUCCUUGAUGGAAAUAAGGGACACAAAAGAUGAGCUGAGUUUGAUUUAUUUAUGUAUACGUAUGGAAAGAAAGGUAUGAGAGGAAUGUAAGUGCAGAGGCUUCUCUGUUUCGGCAGGGGAGCUAGUUAGGAAGCAGAUACUUUUUGUCAGAAGAUUUUUACCAUUUUUUUUUUUUCUUCAACAACCAGGUCAGAAGUAUGUGUUUGUGUAUCAGAAUUUUCUUCUAAGUUAUAUAUACUCAUUGGUUGGUUCUUCCUGCUUCCUAGA